UCCAAAAUGUGACGGCACAGCCCAGGCGUGUAGAAACUCUCUCAGUGGGUCGGCAUGCGACCCCAGGCGCGUUUUUAUUGGUUAUCUCCCCGCUUCGCCCCGCCUGCGGCCCGCCCCUUUCAACUGGUUCAGGUAAUGGCUGCUCCAGAGGCCCAGGGGCUUGGUGUGGACCCCCGGGAAGACCGGGUCCGCGGGGUCCGCGGCGGAAUCGGGCACAUCGAUCAUGAAGACAGUAAAGACUGGAUCCUGGAGUCGCUGUCCCUGCCAGAGAGGCCAGGUGGCACCGCCGCUUUAGAAGGGCCUCCAUCUGUGCCUUGUAUUUUCUGUGAAGAACAUUUUCCCAUGACUGAACAAGACAAACUUUUGAAGCACAUGAUUAUUGAGCAUAAGAUUGUCAUAGCUGAUGUGAAGCUCGUUGCAGAUUUCCAAAGGUACAUUUUAUAUUGGAGGAAAAGGUUCACUGAACAGCCCAUCACCGACUUUUGCAGCGUGAUAAGAAUCAACUCCACAGCACCAUUUGAAGAACAAGACAACUAUUUUUUGUUGUGUGAUGUAUUACCAGAAGAUAGAAUCCUCAGAGAAGAGCUUCAAAAACAGAAACUGAAAGAAAUUCUGGAUCAGCAACAGCGAGAGCGAAAUGAUACAAACUUUCAUGGUGUGUGCAUGUUUUGCAAUGAGGAAUUUCGCGGAAACAGAAAGGAGUGUCACCACGACGUUCUUCUCAAAGCGGUUUAUUCGGGAACCUUACAACAUGCGGACAGGAAUCUCUCUUUUCUUUUCUACUCCUUUUUCUCAGCCCCCGAGCACACUCCCUUAAAUCCUCCCUCAACUCCGCCUCCUCAGUCCAGACUGCGUAAUCUCAGUUCAUAGGUCCAUGUCACAUGGCCUGGUCUUGCGUCAUGGUGCGCCUGCGCAGCUCUCACAAUGGACGUGGCUAGUUUCAGGUGUGUGAGGAAGUCAGGUGCUAGUCAUGAGAUUUACCUGCAGUACCGGGCGCCAUCUUGGGACUGCCGCCACACCCGCUCCCCACAUCUUCCAGAAGCAUCCUCACAAAUAUACUCACAACUAGUGCCUUACUAGUUACAUAGCCUUUCCUUAACCAGGCAGGGUGAUUCAUAAAUUAACCAUCAGUAAUGGAGAGCGAAGCCCCUUCUUGAUAGCUCUGCCUAUCUGUGGUUCCCCCUACGGUGACUGGAUGUCAAGUAUGGAAUCCCUAGAAUGUCCUGGUCAAGUUGGGCCACUUCUAGGCAACCUACUCAAAACUAGAAGGGCAUCAAUCUGGUCCCCAGAGCAGACCCUGGGGCCAUGUAGAGACAUGUUACCAUGUUACCUCUAUAAUAAGCUCUCUUUAGGCUGUCUCUGCAUCUGCUCCACCCCCUUCCUGUCUAAAUGGGCGUGAAAACCUUGGGAAGAUGGGAGCGUGGCAAGACAGGAAAAUCUGUCUAAGCCCACAGAGUAGGGCCCACACUGUGUGCUAACCUUCAACCCCCUCACUUUCAAAAUCUAGAUACCUGUCUGGCAGGCCUCUUGAAAGUUAGAGGAGGACUAGGCCUCAAGAAUGCACUCAGAGUCAACGCAAAGGCUAGACCCAUGGGGCCAUCCCAGUACCCUUGCAGCUCAUCAGCCAACUGCUGGACCUCUGUCCAUUUCAAAGCUCGUAUGUAAAUACCCCGGGUAGAUCUAACUCAGGCCUGCUACUUUUAGGAAAAUUCUUAGAGUCAAGAUGGCAUGGGACUUGGCCCAGUGGAACCUAUGUAUACACAGGUCCUAAGAACAGUGCUACCCCAACUCCACCUAAGUCAACUCUCUUAGACUCCAGAAGCCAAUGUUCACAAAUUUGGGAUAUCUCUCAUCUCACGCAUACCUUGAACCACCCUGGUUUUCAAACCUUAUUCUACAGGCCUUUAAUCUGCAGAAGGUGAGGGAGGAGGCUCCCAGGAGUGCAUUCAGUAUUAUUCAUAACAACCAAAGAUCUUAGAUACAUAGCUUGGGGUAGCAGAAAAGCCAUCAACUCAUCUGUGCUUGAGCCAGAUGUUACUUCUGACUGAAUCUAGGAAUCUAGGUAAUCUCCUCCUAAAAGCCCAAGGCAUGUCCAACUGUGUUUUGGCAUUCUCCAUGGAUUAUGCUCUAUUGUGGACUUGGGAUAUAGGAGGUUUCCUGACUUACUGCAUCAUACCUCUGCCAUCCAUCCAUCCAUCCGUCCACCUCGAUUUCUAUAAAAAGUUCCCAGUCUCUUUCUACCUGGAGUCUUCCACAACAUAGGUUCUGCCCUGCAACCUAUAUGUAAGAUAUCCUGGGAAAACUCUGAUGGUCUAACCAGCAAUGUAAAGUCCCCAACAAGUACUUUAGUUAAGUUAUAAGUUAUCAUUAGGCAAUUAGAGAAGAUGGCUUAUUAACCACAGAUUAAUAAAUGUGCCCCCUAUAUCAUUAACCAAAAAAGGUAGCAUACAUUCAUGGAAAGAUGCUUGCUUUAUUUUUAUGAAAAACAAAUUAAAAAACACUUUGAAGGAAUCAAAUGUAUAUAAAAUAAACAUCUUAUACAGCAACUAUGCACAGUCUAACAGUGAUAUACAUACUCCCCCGUUGCCUUUAUUUAUGAGAAAGUCUUAUUAGGAGAUAUUACAUACAUAUGCUUCUUGCUAUUCAAGUUUUAGAAAUUAAAAUUUUCAUGUAAUACAUAUAUUCCAUAAAAUGCUACUCAACUCUAUAAAAUAGUUGAAUCACAUCAACAGGGAUAGAACCUGGGAGGCAUGAUACCAAGUGAAAUGUACCUUGCACAGGGACACAAGUAUUUCAUGAUCUUACUCAUAUGUGGAAUCUGAAAAAAAAAAUCGAGGUUGUAGGAGUUGAGAAUAGAGUGGUGACUACUAGUGCCCAGGAAGGGUAGUGGAAAGGCAGAGUCAAUCAGUGCGUGCAUAUCAUAGUUAGAUAGCAGUAAGAGGUUUGGCAUGCUAUUGCCCAAUAGGAUACUGCUAAUGUAUUGUGUGCCACAGAAAGCUAAAGAAAGAAGUUUGAGUGAUCCAUGUUAGAGCAGAUAUGAUGUAAGCACUCCACAAUAGCUAUAUAUUAAAAUACCAUAUGAUAAUUAAUAAAUAUGUUUAUCAUGCAUCAUUAUAUUUUACACAUAAAUUAAAAAUAAAUUAAAAUUUAGAAAUAAAGUUUUCUUUUAAGCAUAAGCUGAUAAUUGCACUUCCAGGCUGUCAUGACCCUUGUAUGUAACAUCUAUUAACAGUAGGUUCAUAAUCUCUGUCUAGUGCUGUGCUAGGUCAGUGUCCAUGAUCUCAUGUCACAGAAAAGGCCAUAUUGAUAUUAACCAUUAGUCGAGAUUUUCCAGAGAGCAGACCCACCGUGUGUGAUAAGGAACACAUGGAGAUUUAGUAGUAGAGUGGCUUUAUUCAUUAUAGAGGCUGAGCACUGCCAUGGUGGACUGUAUAAACAUUAGAGACAGACGUGCUCCAUGCAGAUCCACAAGGCUCAGAAUCAGGGGAGUUCAUUUCAAGUCCUAUGGCUUGAAAGUCCUAUGGGUGUAAGCCCGAGUACCAAGACCAGAGGGCCUGGAGUUCCAGUAUCUGAGGGAUAGAGAUUAGUGGUAUCUCAACCCCCGGAAACAGACCAAGCAAGCAGCAUCUGCCUGCUGAGGGCAGGCUUCCUGCUUCUACUCUCAAAUGCCCACCACUCUUUUGUGAAAACACCACACGUGCCCAGUGCUUUCCCCUUCUCUACUAUUCCUUAUCCUGGUAAAUAAUGCCUAAAAUUAACCAUUUUCAUAGAAGUUGGAAAAGCAGAAGGAGACUCAUUUAUUUACUAGAUUAACGAGUAGAACCCCUGCAAGGCAGUGUGGCAAGAGCCAUUUAUCCCAACAAGCCACUCAGGAGGCAGAGGUAAACAAAUCUCUGAGUUUGAGGUCUGCCUGGUCUAGGAGUGAGUCCGAGGACAGCCAGAGCUACACAAAGAAACCCUGCCUCAAAACUCUAAAACAAAAGAGAAGAACAGGACCUGAUGCGCCUACAGAGACCAACCCUUCCGGUGUUAGAAAGCAGGAAUGUGGAUUUGCACGUUGUAUAGCAUAUCCAUUUUAGCAAGGCUCAAGUGUUUGUGUCUGUAUCUAGUACGUGUUUGUCCUCUGAUUAAUUGUUGUUAUAUACUUGCUAUUCCUAGCCUGAUCUGCUCCUAGAUUAUUUAAUAAAUAAUAGGGAUUGUUCAUA